CUCUUAGCACGCUUAAUUCUUUAGACAUAACCUUCUUCUCGUACUUCCACUUUUUACUGUUCCCCCCUCUUCUCUCUCUCUCUCUCUGUAAUCUUUCAGUGUUUUUAAGAUUUCCUUUUGAGUCAACUCAACUCUUUGUGCAUUUGGAUCUGAGCAAGCAAAGAUCCUACCGGUACUAUAUUUUUCACUGAAAUCUGGCCAUAUAUACAGAGUAGAUAUCUGGGUAUAACUCACUAUUGAACUGAAGGAAAACAAUAUGCCUUGGUUGAGUCCACCAGUUGACGUUUUCCGCAAAGUCAUGCGCUUGAACUUGUAUUGCAGGGUUAUUCUGUAAAUCACUUUUCUAGUGAACUUGAAUUUUUAGACUCUUGCCUUGUCAUUCUUCAAAAAAAUUGUUAAUGGGAUUGAAUCACUUUUUCAUUUUUUAUUGUGACAUUUAUAGGAUUAUCUGACAAGAUAACUAGAAAAGAAUUUAACUUCCCUUAGUUUCUCUUUUUUUCCAAUUCAAGUUUUCUGUCUCUAAAACGUCUCUUGCUCCUUUUGCUGUCAUUCCAAGUCCAGCACAUCUUAGAUCUUUGUAACAAGCUUUCCUUUGUCCUGCUUUGUAUUAUUAGGUAAUUGUUUUGUGUUGUAACCUACAUCUGGAUAGUUUGAGUUUUAAGUGGUCGAAAGAAGUUAUGGUGUGCCAAGCAGCAAGUCAAACAAGAUUUCGGGCCCUGAAAUACGAGAAUGGAAUUGCUGGAAAACCAACAAUUAUAGUUAGAGUUAUUGCAUGCUAUCGACCAUUACAGGAUUGCCAGGCUGAAUACUUCCGUCAUUUGCUUAAACCUGUCACGUAGUGCGACUCCACGUUUUUGUUAUAUUAUCAAGCUGCAAUUUGUAGUUUUUCCUUUUCCCUUUCUUAUUCCUGAAAGAAGCAGAAAUUAAUUGCACAUUGCAGAUCAAAGCAUAACUCUCGCAGGUAAUUCUUUCGGUUGGAUGGUUAAGGCUGAAGGUUCUUGGCUUUCUCCACCACAUUCUACUAGGAAAUUGCCAAAUUCACAUUGCAUGACCACAUCUUUGGAUCCUGCGCAACUACAAUGUUUGCCAGAAUGUAUGAACCCUGGCACGCGCAUGACUUCUGCAAAUAUGGCAAUGCCAGGGCUGGCAGUUUCAAGCAUUCCAAAUUUCAAGACACAACAAGGCAAUGAAGCCUACGGGUUGCCUCAGUGUUUACCCUCUAACUUCCAGAAUUUUCUUCUCGCUACAAAUCCAUAUGUCAGAGAAAAUUUGUCUGUGUUUUCUUAUGGGUUUGGUAGGGAGGGUGUGCGAAAUCCAAUCCCUGGAUGCCAGAGAAGGUUCCUUGUUUUCGAUCAGUCUGGUAAUGAACAAAGGUUGAUCUAUAGUUCCUUUGGCCCUCCUGUCCCAAAACCAACUGCAGCUGAUGCAAAGCCAAUUCCGGGUUAUUUUGACCACAACGAAUAUGCUGCAAAAAUGGACCAGACAAAGCUGAUGAAGUUGCCUGAAGUAUCAGACGAGAAUCACUUUACUAGUGAAGAAAGUGAGAUGCAUGAGGACACUGAAGAAAUUAAUGCCCUGCUAUACUCAGAUGAUGACUAUUGUGAUGAAAAUGGUGGUGGCAGUGAUGAUGAAGGUGAUGACGACGAGGUAAGGAGUACUGGUCACUCUCCCAUUCUGAUUAAAAGUCACGGGACACAAGAAGAGGUAGAGAAAAUAAUAGAGGAGGAAGCCACUAGUUCUGAUGGCCCAAACAAACGGCAGAAAUUGAUCGAUGGCGGGUACAAAAAAUCAUCACUAGUAGACACUGCUAGUUCAGUAAAAGUGGAAAGAUUUCAUGGAUACGGCGAUGAUAUGGAAUCAAACUAUGCUAAACGGCAAAGCCAAGAUGGGGAAAUGAUUUCCAUUUUGAGCAGCAAGCAAUUUAGAAAGGACAAGAUUCGUGCAACGUUGAAAAUUCUGGAAAGCAUAAUCCCUGGUGCAAAGGAUAAAGAUCCAUUGUUGGUCCUUGAUGAAGCUAUAGAUUACUUGAAGUCUUUGAAGCUCAAGGCCAAAACUCUAGGAGUGAGCUACCUUUAAGUGUUUUUCCUCCUUCCAUGUUAUCAUGUUAGCUAAAAAGUGGAAGGAAGGAAGGAAGGAAGGAUGAAAGAGGUAGAAACUCGAGAAUUCUUGGUUUGAAUGAUUGAUGGGUUUGAAAUCACUAUAUUAGCUUUUCUCAUGUGGGGGCUCUUUUUCCUACUUUUGUUCCCCAACAGCUUGUAUAUAAUGGGCCAAUAAAAGGAGAGUAGUGGUGGGAUGAUAUGGCUGUUUUGCUCGCAAAGUUGAAGAAAAAUUGCGUUUGUUUGUUGACCAUAAAUGAUUAUCUUUUAGCCUUAUUGUGGAUUAAAGGUUAACAAAAGUCACAAAGGACUUGAACGCAUGGGUUGGUUGUAGAGGUGGGCUGUGCUGGAAAUGAAGACUUCCUUUUCUUCAGUGUUGAGAACCCCCAUGGAUUUAGUGCAUGCGCGUUAGGUAUUUCGGGUCCCACAAUCCACCCUUCUCUUUUUCUUUGAUUUCAUGGCUCUUGUCCCUGUCUCUUUACCCUCACACAAAUCAUGCCGGCAUCAAACUCCUAUUAAAAAGUAGUUUAAAGAAAACUCCUGGUGUGAGAGAAAACUCCUAUUGUUGGGGUCCGCUCUUUGAUCAGAUGAUCUCAAUAAAGGCUUGUUUGUUUUCACUCAUUCUACCCUGGCUGGCACCGGUGCCCGCACAGUAUGGAGACAUGUGACCAUAGCUGUGCUGUGAAGUCCCUAAGAUGGGCUUGUCAGGUUCAUCUGUUUUAAUACUCUAGAGUGUGGAGGUGUGUUCGUAGUAGUAGUGGAGUGCUUGAGUUGAAUGUUUAUCUUUGCUGUUGUGGUGUUGUUCCUCUUGUCCUAUGUAUCAAAGGUUUUUAUGUGUCUGUAAUGGAUAAAGUGAAUAAGAUUCUGUUGUUGUGUGAUC